CUGGUGGUGAGGAUUUCACUGGCACUCGACUCAAGGUGAUAGUUCAUUUCUGUAUAGCUAGUUCUUCAUGUUGGAUUAUGCAGGUGAAUUCUCAUCAUUGCAAUGAAACUCAGUCAACCAGUCUCCCUCUCGAUAUCAUUGCUACUACAUCUACUGUUUGGAUUUGCUGAAGCCAAAACAAUUGGUCCUUGUGUUUCGAAUGUCCAAGGUAGUCGAUGCUCUCAACCUGGUGCUCACUGGCAGUAUGAUGGUGUUUGUAUUAAAGAGCCUUCAAAGUCUCCGGCUUGUCACGUUCCUGAUACAACCUCCUUCAAAUUCAAAUUGGUGGCCGAUAUACAGCAGAAAGAUGCAGAGUCAAUCAAGACCCUCUGGGUGUGCGGAUCUGGACCUAGCCUUAGUUGGGACAAGCCUAAACCAAUGAAGAAGUCUGCACGGAGUAUCAGCACUUGGAUAAUAGAGAUAUCUUAUGCCUCUGAUUCUAACGCUCUACUCUGUUUGAACAGCUCCUAUUGCAGCCUGAAUCAGCAAGCUCUGGAGCUGCGUGUGUACAGAGAUGAGUUUACCAAUGAUGAUAUGAAAGGACCUAACAUUUAUAUCCCUCUUCCUGUUUCAAACUCAAUGAGUGGAGCCAUUGGCUUUGUACCGCCUCGAGUUUAUAUACACCCUUGGUUUGAUGGUACUAGUGUGAGAAGUGAAGUUGUUCAACUAUCCUUCAAUUCUUAUAUUUUUAGAGCAGAUGAAACGGUUUCUAUCACAUCUACGAUUCUUUAUCCACCAAGUUUUGAUUACAACGUUAUUAGAAAGUACCCGUUGAUUGUAAUGUUUGGAACCAAUGAGUCAUCUCAUAUUGCACCUUCACUGGAGCACAUGUACGUGCAUGAAGCUAGCAUUAAGGAAGCUGUGGUUGUCUCCAUACAUUACCUUGACAAGGCCCCUUUCUGUAGACUCAAUCCAUUCAACAACAUAAUGAGUUUGACUGAAGGUAAUACGAUUUGGAACUGUAGGGUAAGAGGCAAAAGGUGUACUUUGUGUCAGAACUGUUGGGACCCCCUAAGACCCACCAAGUGUUCUCCUAAAGAGUUCAUAGCCCAAGCAAACAUUUGUCUGGCUAAAUAUGCAUGCAGUGGAUCUGCUAGUGACAUUCUUGACUUUAUAGAAGACACGCUCAUACUUGAAUUGCAGAAACGAACACAAAAUCGAUUACAACUGGAUUUCCCCAAACAGCGAAUGUCAGUAAUUGGAUUCAGUGGUGCUGGUCUGUUGGCGUGUUUUGCAGCACUCUCGCGACCCAUGUAUUAUGUUAAUGCUGCCUGUCUUUCAGCUCCAUUUCAAUGGCCACUGGGACAUGACACCAAGAUAGCUAAUCGAAACAAUGAAGGAAUUGGAAGACUUAUACAAAACUUGACUAAUACCCUAGCCUCUGAACCAGCCAGCAGAGGAUUGUACAUGUCUCAGAAGUACUAUAUUGACAACGGUGAAUUAGACAAUUUCUACCUCCCCCUGAUGGAUGCACACGACUACACACAGUGGGUGUUACAACUUCUCACCAAAACACUUCAACUAACCCCUGAAAACAUUCUCUACUUCAAUGUACCUAAAGCGGGGAACAGCUACCAUCACCAUAAAGAUGGAGGGACUGAAGUUUUCAAUAGGAUCAGACAACCACUAACAUUUUUUCUCAAAGCAGAAGGUGGCCCAAAUAAAAAAUAUGCAAGAGUUUCAAAACUGGAGGAUACGUCUUUUGCAGAGAGACAGAGUGAGAUUGGUAUAACUGAACAAGACUUGGACAAGAUAGUAUUGGGUCAAAAAAUAAAUAAAUCAGAAGUACGUGUAAUCGAAGGACAAUGCUCGUUUAUCAGAAAACAGAAACCGACGACAAGUGUGCCCAUUUCAGCAUUUUUAGUGUCUAUAUUUGUGAGCAUGGUUGUGUCGGUGGGUCUGACUGCUGGGCUCAUGUACAUGAAAGACGCCAACCGAAGAGCACAGGAGAAAGAUAAGGAAGAGCUGAACAAGUUGGAAGACGACUCAGAUCUAGAGGGAAGUGUUGGCUUAGAGGGAAGUGAGAAAGACGUGAAGCUGUGA